AUGACGGACAGCAAGGGAAAACAGGAUGCCACUGUGGAUGAUGCUGUGCUAAGGAAGAAGGAGCAGAAAGAUGUUGAACUUGAUAAGAAAAUCCUGGCUUUGCGGAAAAAGAAUGAAGCACUCAUACGAAGGUAUCAGGAAAUAGAGGAGGACAAAAAACGAGCUGAGCAGGAGGGAAUGGCUGUUACCUCCAGGAGACCCAAGCAAGAUGGGCUCACUAUUACCAUCACCAAGGCUCACAACGACCUGAAAGAUGCAAUUACCCAGACUGAACACUAUGGACAAGAUAGCCCAGCCCUCUCGAUGGACAAAAGGGUGGUGAGCGAGAAAUGGGGGAACCCCUGUCCUACGAGCCCUGGGUUUGACAUUGGCAGCGAGGAAGAGGAGGAGGAGGAGGAAGCAGAUCAUAUGUUCACAUUCAGGAUGGGCAAGAGGAUGCAGCUGGCUGUUACCAUGGACAACAAAGCCAAGGGCAAGCGGAUUGUCAGCGAGAAACGCGCCGAGUGCUUCACUGGCCCGAGCAGGGUGCCAGACCUGAGUGAAGAAGAGACGAAUCACUUGGUGGCCUUCCGCCGGGGGAGACGGAUGCAGAUCGCCAUCACCAUGGAUAACAAGGAAAAAGCAGAAGACAGAACAGCAGAGAAGAGGAGAUCAGAGAGUGACAGGGGUCUGGAAAGCGAUCAUGGCCGGAAGGAGGGUGGUAAGUCAGCCCAGAAAAGCCCUGGAGACCCCAUGACCGGGCGGGAGCGCUCAGAGUACAUACGCUGGAAGAGGGAACGAGAUCAGAUUGACCUGGAGCGACUGGCACGUCACAAGAACGCGAAGGGCGAGUGGCGGCGGGCUUGGGAUGUGGAGAAGUCGGAGCACAUGUUUGAAGAGGACUUUGUUAAGGAUGGGGAGCCAGCCUUGGAUAAUCCCAGCAAUAAGAAAGGGGGAAGAAACUCAAGGAAAUUCCAGCACAGGUCCUUUCCUCCCGAAGGAAGAGGUGGAGGACAGCACAGUGUGAACGUGAGCGAUCCUGGUCCCAGAGCAGUACCUGCUGUGAGCAGCCGAGCCAAAGGAAAGGACAGACUGACUGGCAGAGCCAGAAGAUGGGAUGCAAAAGAAGGCGACGACAUGUCUUUUCUGAAGGAUGACCCUGACAGCCAGAGGAUCCUUGGUACAGACAAGCUGAAGAGCAGAGGUGAGGAGGGGGUGGAAGAGAACUGCCCGGCAGAGCUGGAGGAGAAGGUGAAGCAGCCAAGCCUCCCAGAUCAUGGGGCCUCCUCAUCACAAGGGCUGCAAAGUGGGAAGGUCUCAUCUGCCCACAAUGGCCAGAAGGAGGAACUGAAAGCAGCGAAGGGCCUAAGCAGGGAGGUACCUGUGGCCACCACUGGUGACACAGAGCCAGGGACCAAGUUGAGUAAGGAAAGCAUUGGGGAAGAUGCCAGUGAGAAGCCUGGCACUGCUGACAUCCCCCAGGAGAAGGAGAGCACAAACAGCAGCACUCCACAGAACAGUCUUCCAAGCGCUGUACAAGCCACCAGGUACAGCAGUGAGGAGACCAUGUCCUUGCCCCUUGGAGCUGACUUAGAGAAAAGCGCAGCUUCAGAAUGGGAAUCCACUGAGGACUCUUCGAAUAGCCAUGGAGGAAAGCUGGACACAGCAGCAGCAGGCAGAUGGGAGGCAGGUCGAGGACAGCUGGUGAGCAAAAGAGGGGAGGAAGUGACCCAAAACACUGCCCUUGAGGGGCAAACACUUGCACUGAAAGGUGGUGAAGACACUGAAGGAGCUGAGCACAGAGGAGAGCCUUUGCUCUCAAGGGAGGACAGCUCCAAUAAGACUGUUGUGUCUGAGCAGGACACAGCAAAAUCACAGUCCAGUGAAGGGGACCAGCCUGAGGAGAGCAAGGACAAGGACAGCGGGGACUCUCUGAACUAACAAAGACUGCAGUGGCUUGCCUGAGACAGAAGGAUAACGUGCUGAAGGUGGUGGAUGAGAAGAGGAGCACAGCCUUGUCCUCCCUCUUCAACUUCGUAUGAAAUUGGCUUUCAGCACCUGCCCUGUGCCUUUCAGCACCCAUUCACCACAAAGGGGGUCUCCCACCACCACUCUCCACUUCCUACACAGUUUCAGUGCCACCCCUAUCUAUCUAUAUGCCAAAGGACAGGGAAAGCUACACACACAUCCCUGCCCUUCAGAGAAAACACUGACACUUUUCAUUUGUAUUUGUUUUUCUUAUAUUGCAGCUGUGUGGGAAGCCAAUGAAUUGUCUACUGGAUGCACUUUAUUUUAUUUAAUAACUAAUUCCGUUAAAAGUUAAGAUUCAGCUUUCUGGGCUCCCCAACCCUUUCUUUCCAUUAGAUGCUUCCAGGGCACUGCACAUACCAGGAGCACAGCAGGAGCCAUAGGAGCUCUCCCUUGCUGUUUGGUAGGGAGCAGGUGACAGACAGAGCAAAUAACUAGGAACAACCACCUCACAAGGGACAGGGUGAGAGGAGUUACAUUGUAGUUCUGUAGGUGGGUGAAAAAACUAGUGUUCAAAGCAGCUGUUGUACUAGAGGUUUGUAAGCGGUUGAAGUGUUGGCAGAGAUGUUUGGUAGUCGUAUAGGUUGCAGGGCAUGAAGGGGAUAGAGCAUACAUGAGUUAUACCGUGGGACGCAGAGGCUUUUCACAAAUACGUGUCAACCACACCAUUUUAUAAUUUAAGAGCUUGCUUUUUCUCCUGAUAGGCAAAAGUAGCAGAGGCUGAAUCAGCACAUUAAGAGACCACGCUUUUUCCAAGGAAGGUUGCUGGCUGGAUUGAAUGGGUAAACACGUGGCUUGGCAAAGCAUCAAGCCCACUUUGUAAGAAUGGGAAGUGGGAAGAGGUGGGAAGACUGAGUUAAGUAGACACACUUACAGCUGUAUGUGCCAAGCAGGGCAAGGAGGAAGGCAGCACAAACAAAAUAGCCUUCCUUCUCAACAAAUCUGCCCCAAGGAAGGGGUCAGCAGCGGGACCCAGGGCAAACUGGAGUUGAAGGUGUAGUCUCCUUAUCAAAGGCUUUCACCUUCCCAGUUGGGCCUUUCAUAGCCUCAUGCUUGAAUAAAUGGGAGGCAGUUCCCCUCAAGCUGCCACUCAGAUCUUUUGACUUGGCCUUAAGAAAAGAUACCUUUCAAAUCAAACAAUUGGAUGAGUAUUUACAAGCAUAAACGAGCAAGAAUCACAGCUCUUUGGAUUUCAGAGCAGCUAUGAGAUCUACAGCAAAUGAGGACCUAGCUGAAAUACAACAACCAAUUAAGAAGAGGGAAAGCAGGCACAAGGAAUAAGACAACAUAAUUUCUGACUUCUGAAUGGCAGAGCAGCAAGAAUAUCCUCAUUUUGAAAUGCUGCCCUAACACUUGAAGCAGUUUCAAGAAUAAAUGUGUGUGCAGACAUGUAUGCGUGGGGAUUUACUGGAUUUCAUAGCAAGAUGCAUUCGCUAACCAAAAUGGCAGACUGCCUUGGUGAUAAGGUUGGCAUGUGUGGACUGAAAUACUGUACUGUUUUAAUAAACUAAUAUUGCACAGAUGUAAGUUUUGGUUUU